AUGUCGGCUGGCUUGUGUAUGCAGUCCCGACAGUCGGAGGAGUUGCCACACGAAAUACCUUCCGGCUCUGAUGANAGACGUGAAGGUGCUCGUUUCACGUGGAGUAAGAACGAGGCACUAGGGGACUCUCCUCGAAGGGCCAGAGGGUGGUCGAGGGCCCACUUCCAGAAGGCAAUAUCGCCAUGAAAUUCCCUACCCAGAUCCACUAGACGCCUAGAACGUGAAUGUCGGCUGGCUUGUGUAUGCAGUCCCGACAGUCGGAGGAGUUGCCACACGAAAUACCUUCCGGCUCUGAUGACAUACGUGAGGUUCCAGAGUUUCCUGCUGUACUGAGUGUUGGGAUGUAACCUCGUGAUGGGUGUAUCCCUGGAUGUGGCAAGCACUGUGUAGAAACAGUGUGCAGAGGCUCACGUGUGACUGUUAAGUACACUUGUGUAAAGACCAGAUUGAUGGUUUGAAGUGGCUCUUAGUUGGCCGAAAGGUAAGGAAAAGAAGAAGAGUGAUCGAGAGGGGGCGAGCACCACAGGGGGCGAGCCUCCAAGCUAUCACAGAAAGAUGCACACACACGGGUCAUUUCAACAUCCCGCUUUCUAGAAAUAGGCGGCUAGUCCGACCUCUAGAACGGAUCUAGAAAUGAUAUGCGUAAGUGCAUAAUCUACAGAAUUCUCCAUAGCUGUGUAUAAUCUACCGAAUUCUCUUACGGUGAUUACCUACGUGCUGUGCUUACAGCAGUACAAAAAUCAAUGACUGACAUUGAAUAUACCAACACUCCCCCGCAAUGGAAAGUCCAUUCAAAGAACAUAUGUACGCUUACAUGUACGAAUUUAGGAAAGAUAAUCAAAGAAAUGAUCAGCACUAAAUUCAAUUCAAGAAUGAUGCAGCUAUACUGCUGUGUAGGCUAAUCAAUUCUGAAACAGCGAGAGAUUCUGCUGUACGUAUUUACCAAGCAAUAAACACUCAGAGGAGAUACGAAGAGAAGAACAAUACAUGUUCAUACCAAUACUUAAUAAUUAAUGCAGCUUGGUGCAUGUUUACGUUGGCUAUAGUCUACUGCCGUAGAAGCAGUGCUUGGUUUGGCUAAACUGCUGCAGAGGCCGUGUUUGUAUUACUUGCAAGCAAACUCAAUUACCAGAGAUAAAACUACUACUACUGUGAAGCAGUGUUUAGAACAUAGUGCUUAGAAUGCAAAACAAGGAAAAAUCACCAAUCAGCUAUAGUGCCUAUAAGGUCUCGCCCGUAGGUCUGCCUGUUUGGAACGUUCGUUGAAAGCCUAGUUUAGCUAUGAUACCACAUCGUAUACUCUGCUUGACAGUCCGAAAUCAAACUCUGAAUCUACGUCGCGAGCCCAUCCUCUUAAAGGAAAGUUGAAGACCUUGGAGUCCAGGACGAACAUGAGGUCGUUUGCGCAGGGCUGCUGGUGACUGCUGAUGGUCUGCUGCGGUGGUGCCGCUGGCUUGUGCAGUAUGAGUCCAUGAUGGUCAUGAAGUAGAAGGUGAAGAAGGCUGAGAUCCGCUGAAGGUCCGCUGCUGAAGGUUGGUUGAUGUAUGUUGUGUGGGAGUGUGCGCGGGUUGCACAUCACGCUUUCCCAACAUCCUGUCGGAGGAAAAGUCGCGGGAUGAAGCGUCUUCUGGAAGAUGUUGUCUCCCCCGGUAGCGCGAGAUCUUGAAAGGUCGAUGCGCUGCUGCUAAAAGCUUCCAGAAUUUAAAAAAAAAAAAAAAAAAUGCGGUGAAAACCUGAUUGGCUGCUUCAAGGUGGGCCACACCUCGCGGGCCCCCGAAAACCGUGUUCGGUUGGUCCGUUCUUGGUCGCCAGCUGCUGUUCCGCUCAUUUGAAGUUGAUGAUCUGGGAAAUGAGAGAUUCUUGGACAUCCCUCGUGCAGUACUUGGUCCCGAUGUCUGCCAGCAUCGCACUCGAGGCCACCGCGUCCAGCUGGCAGCGCCCUUGCUGUGCCCACUCCCUGAGGCCUGCGUACCUAACGCUGAUGUGACGACUCCUCGCGCCAAAAUUGCCAUUGGAGGCCAGGGACAGCGCACUGCGAUUGUCGACCCAGCGCGUGCCGAUGACGGAGCAGCCGGCCGGAACGGAGGAAACGGGGAUGAGGUCGGCGACGUCGUGGUCGUCCAAGCUGGCUAGCUCCUUGAGCAUGGCCUGCUCCCACUCCGUUGAUUGCGGUUCCUGGUCGAUCGCCAGCUCUCCUGAUACGUCUUCGACGAUGGGCAGAACGGCAGGCGGCUUCUCAAUGAAGGUGACGCCCCAGCUUCGGAACGCAGAUGAACGGGAGGCGGAUGGAGCGCGGAUUGCCAUUUUGGUCGGUUACGGUGACCUUGAGAGCUCCUUUGGCGGUGCCGUGAAGCUGCCCUUGUCCGGCGACGUGGAUGAGGAGCGGGGGGUCGAUCUUGGUGUACUCGACCAUACGUUGUUCCAGUGCCGGAAUCAGCUCGUUGUCAAGGAAGUGGUUGGAGGCGCCGGUGUCGACGGUCAUGGUGAAGGUUUGCGCCGGGGCGGUGCUGUCGGCGAUGAAGGAGAAGCCAAUGCCCGCUGGAGGCGCCGGAGCUGAUGAAGCAGUAGUCGACCCGGGAGCAUGUUGUCCGGAUGGGCUGUAGUACUCCACCAUGGUUGUAGCAGAUGGAGUCGCGGACGUUUGUCCGUAGUUGGCUUGUGGUGCAUGAUUAAUGCGUUGGUGGUGCGGUCCACCUGGGGCGUUGCUGUUGUUGCCGUUAUAGCUGUGGCGGUCCUGCCCGCCUUGCCGAUCCCCAUUGCUGUACCGGUAUUCUUGGUUACGAUGACCUUGUUGGCGUUCAUGCUGCUGACGACCUCUUGCGCCGCCGCCGCCGUAGUUCCGGUUUUGUAGUAUACAUGUCGAAUUGUCAUGACGUGAAGUUUUGUGAAGAGUGCACCAGUCUCCUUUUCGACCGCCGGGAGCGUUGCCCGUUAGUCUCUUGUUGCGUUUCCAGCAGUGUUGGGUGAGAUGCCCUUUCUUGUGGCAGAAGCUGCAGGUCUUGGUAGUUGAAGCCACCAUGGCGGACGAGCGGCCCUUCGCAGCACGCGAAGACCCACUUGCCUCCUUGCGGUUGAUGUAGAGGUUGCGCAUGGUGUACAGGGCUUGUUCCAAAGUGAGGUCGUCCUUGGUCUCCGCUUCGUACUUGAUUCCAGAGUAAAGCUCCUCCGGUAGGCAGUCCAAAAUGAUGUUCAUGAACUGGUCGUCGGGGAUGGGACUCCCCAGCAGCUGUAGCUCAUCCCGCAGCUCGGUCAUGUCGUGCAUGAAGGCGUCCGGAUCCAUAUCCACGUCCAUGGUCAUGUUGUAGAGCUUCUUGAACAAGAUCUUCUGCCGCUGGCGAGAAGGGUUGCGAUAUUUCUUCACAAGAGCCUUCCACGCCACUAUCCCAUGAAACAUCAUGUCCGGUUUCGGUUUGAACGUAGCGACAAAUUUCUUUGCCGCACCGGUGGUGCACAUAGAGAGAAAUGCACCAAGCAUCGUGUUGGAGCUGUGCCACGCGAUGAUCUCGUCUCGGUUGAUGAUGGUCACAGGCAUUUCCCACAAAAUAGCAGCCGGAAGCUCUGUAGUAGUCGCGUAGGUGAACUGAACAGGAACAUCUGAAGGGGCGUCGGAGUUGUCGCCACCGUCUUCGUCGCCGCCGUCGAUUCCUGCUACUGCUGCAGCCGAUGCUGCAGCCGAUGCUGCCGCCGUUGCUGCUGCCUGCAACGCUGCAUCGCUCGCUGCUGCUGCCGCGCCAUUGUCGUCGUUGCCUGCUAGGAUGGCGGCUGAUGUUGCUGUCCGGGCUACCGUGGCGGCCGCCGUUGCGGCCGCGGCAUCCGCGGCUGCCUUGCUUUCAAGUACUGAUGUAGCUGCCGCACGGCGUCGCUCCCGUGAGAGGGAACGACCCCGCCGCACGGCUUGGUAUUUGGGUUCAGGGCAUUUUUGACCUUGGAUGAUCGAAAGAAUGCCUUGGCCGCGGAGUCUGAAACAAUCCAUCGCCUGCUCAUACCACUCGGUAAAUCCGCUGCCGCUAAAUUUGCCCGCGGACCGUAUCAUUUUGUCAACGAUAUCCGCUUGUUUUUGCUCGUCCAUCUUGAGUAGACGCUGCUGUAGACGCUGCGAUGAACUAGAUGACGUGGGUUGAAGUUACGCUCACGUACGUUGACGUGUCGAAUGUUGUACCCGUUCGCAAGGAAGCUAACAGUCCCGCGAAAGAAAAUGGGCUACCGCUCUACUUGGGUACCCGGGGUGCUUACGGCGAUAGAAGCCGAUGUCGUGGCGUACGUCUCGGAAGUACGUCCCGAUGUAGUGGCGAAGCUGCUGAAGAACUUGCCGAAAGACGGUGUGAUUAACUCGUCGUCCUGGUGUUCCGUCGAACCCAGGCGCUCUUCUUCUAGAAAAAACUCCGCAGAAAAAUGCGGAACGUUGAAAUCUCCCGCUGGAUCGGGUGGAUGAUGAGGGUAGCUUGUAGAUAGAGCGUGUAGAACGUGAAGUGGACGAUCCGUGAUGAAGCCGUGGAAGAACCGACGAACUCGAUGGAAGUCUUCACGUGCCGUCCCGAAGAAGAAAAUGCUGGCCAGCUGUUUCUUCGGAACUCGAUGCGGUGCGCCUGUUUCUUGGGCUGUACGCGACGCUGCUGAACAGUCGAUGCUGCUGCUGAUGCUCCCUCUUGCCGUGAAGUAACGAAGGCGAAUAACCUGU